AUGGUCAUUGCUUGCUGCAAGAUGCUGAGUUUAUUGCUAAAUCGCAAGAAUAUCGAGAUAUUAACUGACGCAUUAGUUGAGAAACCAUUUAGACCUUUGGAACCAGAUGAAAUUGAGAUUCGACAAAAAUAUAAUAAUAUAAUACGGACCAAUUCUAUAAUCUACACGGUUCUUAUUGAGACAACGUGUGGCUGCAUGAAUUUAACAUCUUUAUUUACGGAUUUCCGGCAAGGAAAUUUAGCGUAUAGAGAAUGGAUACUUUUCGAAUGGUCCGAUACAGUGUAUUAUUUCACGUACUUUCGUCAAUUAAUGAGCUUAACGGCUGCGUCAAUCGUGAAUGUUGCUUGCGAUAUAAUGAUUUGUGGAUUGCUGCUACAUAUUUACUGCCAAAUCGAGAUCUUAGAGUGCCGUGUGAGAAAAUCCUUACGCAGUCGAGGCGACUUGGGUGAAUGUGUACGUCAGCACGAUCAUAUCUACAAGUCAGUCUUUGCAUAG